CCUCCUCACCACCUUCCGUCCUUCUUCUGUGUGUGUGUGUGUGUGUGUGUGUGUGUGUGUGUGUGUGUGUGUGUGUGUGUGUGUGUGCGCGCGCACAUGUGCGUGUGCACCUUUAUAAACACGUUCAGUUUCUCACAUGCAGCACAAACAGGCAACACCGAGGUGUGAAUUCAGCGAGCGUUUUAUCAGCAGCAUGUUUGUGCCGAGCGUCUGCACCAUCCUCUUACUGUUCCUGCCUCGCUGGACGUCUCCGUCCUGCACAGAAGGGACGGCCAACCAGUGCAAACACGCAGAAUUUGCUCCUGGCACCAAUUUGGCCGGAGAAGGUUUUGACAUAACCACAAUGGAACGAAAAGGAGCCUUUGUGAUCAACACCAUGAUGUGGCAGAAGAAAGACAAGACGUGCACCCUGUGCACAAACCCGUUCCUCAAGGGCAAGAAGCAGAAGCUCCCGUUGUCUGUUGUGAACUGGAGACCAAACUAUUCCUGCAGUAGGAGUGUGUCCAGUAAACUCCACCAGUCCAGCGAGUCUCUGGUCAGUUCCAGCGCCUCUUCAGUGGAAAACAACUGGAAGGUCAAUCUAGAUGUAGAUGCGGGUGCCAGAGGAGGGAGUCUGAUGCUGGCCGGCACUCAUUCUAAACUGGCUGAAUACUCCAUGGACAAAACCAAGGGAGACAAGUUCAGUUUCACAAGUCAAAGCAUGUCCUGCGAGUACUACAGUUACGGCGUGAGGAGCAGACCCAAGCUGCACACAGAAUUUCACGCCGCAGUGAAGAAACUGCCCAAAGCUUACAGUCCUGAAUCCAAGCAGCACUUUUACAAACUGAUUGACAACUUUGGAACCCACUACAUCACCAAGGUGAAGCUGGGAGGACGUGUUGAGUCUGUGACCAGCAUCAAGCAGUGCCAGGCCAGUCUGCAGGGCUUCAGCACCCAGGAGGUGCAGAUGUGCUUAGAAGCCGAGGCGUCUGUAACUGUCGGUGCCAAGGUGGAAACCUCAGCAAAACACUGCAAGAACGAUGUUGAGAAGACAGAGAGUAAGUCAGCGUUCUCCAGCCUGUUCAGUGACAGGACCUAUGACAUCCAGGGUGGCCACAACACCGACGUCGACCUUCUCUUCUCUGCUGACAAAAAUCCAUCAGCAUACAAAGAAUGGCUGAACUCGCUGCCACAGAAUCCCGGCGUAGUCUCAUAUUCCCUGGAUUCGCUCCACGAGCUGCUGCCGUUUAACAAUCCAGCUCGGAAAAACCUGCGCAGAGCCAUUAGCCAUUACAUCCUGGAAAAAGGCCUGUGGAAGAACUGCAGCAACCCAUGUCAGGUGGGCGUCAAGAGCGACCCGAGGGACACCUGUGUCUGUCAGUGCCACAAUGACAAUGCCGUAAACCAGGACUGUUGCCCGGUCCGCAAGGGCAUGGCCCGUGUGAUCAUCACCGUCCAACGCGGCUCUGGUCUGUGGGGAGACUACAUCACUACCACGGACGGCUUCGUGAAAGUCUUCUUCAAAGGACAGAUGGUGCAGCGUACUCCCAUUAUCAUAAACAACAACGACCCGCACUGGGAUACGGUUGUCGACCUGGGCUCCCAGGAUUUAACGUCAGGAAAGAAUGUCAAAUUUGAAGUAUGGGAUCAGGAUAACGGCUGGGAUGACGAGCUGCUGGGAGCGUGUCAGCAAGACCUGAAGGCCGGAGUGAAGGAGGAUCUGUGUGCCCUGGACCACGGCACAUUAUUCUAUAAAAUCGAGGUGACGUGCGCUCCGAGUUUAAGCGGAGAGUUGUGUACAGUCUAUAAACCUUCACCGAUGAAUAAAAGUCUGCAAAGUGUGUAUGUGUCCCGUCACACCCGCCCAGUUCCAAAGGCCAUGCUGUUAGAGAUGGGUGUGUUUGUGGAUGACUCAUGCGUGCAGGGAAACCACAAUUUUACUGCCAAAGGUCAGAAGUGUGACGAGAUGUGAUGGCAAAAUCAAAUGAAAGGCAUCAGAGGGCUGUUCAAUAGCCUGCACGCUCUCCACACCAACUACACACACAUCUGUCUGUGACGGGGGUUUGUGGCUCAUACGAAGUCAUUCUUAACAAUCAAUCACCAAUAUUUUGCUGAUUAAUAUCAUUCAUCUACGCUUCUUGGUUGUGGAGAUACACACACACAUACGCUGCUAAUACUGCUUCACCAACACACAGUGUUUGAGACAAAGAUCCCAAUGAUUAGUUUGCUCUUAACUUCAGGUUCAUCUCCAGUAAAAUCAGUUCUGUUUGCUGAAUGAAAACUGCACCUUGACAUAAAUGUUUACUCAUAUUUCAAAACAUGCUUUCAUAUGUCUGACUCAUAUUUUACACCCCAUUUUAUUUUAUUUUUUUUACCUGAGGCCAAAAUAUGGCCAUCGGGCAUAUAUACAAAGACUUUCUCUCCUUCUGUGUGCGCUCAGUAUAACUCCAGUCCUGUUACUGUCAGGGUCUUCAAAUUCACAGGGAGCAUUCUUGGGACACAGACCUUGGACAAGUUCAAAGAUGACUAAACUUGACCUACUUUAAGAGCUCAAAAGGUCAUAUUCUGUUUCCUAUUUUUAUGCUCAUACAGCUGAGAGUAUUUUAGCAUUGCGUUAUAUUUAUUUGCAGAGUCAAGCUAAAGAACAUGUUUGCAGAUUUAAAGACUUGUCUGACCCUUUUUUAAAUUUUAUUGUUUUGAUCCAUAUAUUCUCUUCAUAUCUCUGUGUGUUUUAUAUAGUAUUGCAUUGUGGAUUUGUGGUUUGAUAUUGCCGCUGCAAAAUAAAAACAGAACAU